AUGGUCUCAUGUCAGAUGUGUGGAGUACAAGGACAUGCUGCUACUGAAUGUAAAAUCAACAAAGAUGGGAUGACAAUUGAGCAAGCCAAUGCUCUUUAUAAUUCCAAUCCAAAGCGGCCAUAUGAUCCUUAUUCUAACACAUACAAUGAGGGAUGGAAGCACAAUCCUGCAUUCUCAUACAAGAACACUCAAGCACAACUCAAUCCACCUCCUCCACCUCGCAACAAUUUUAAUGCACCACCAGGUUUUCAAGCUAGAGCACCAUUCAAUCAUCAUGUCAAUCAGGGUGUUAAUCAGCAACCUCCUCCAAUUCACCAGAAGAGCAACUUGGAGAUUAUGAUGGAGAACCUUUUAGCCCAACAAACUAACUUUAUGGCUCAACAAGGUAAUAGUGAACAACCACCUAAGGGUCAUAUCAAUGCUGUGAUUUUGAGGAACGGAAAAGAGCUACAAGAUCAUCCUUUGGAGACGGUUCAAACUGAGAAAGUGGUAGGGAAUGAGAUUGUCGAAGAAGAGAAGAAGGCACCUACUCCUACCCCUAUUCGGCCUUACACGCCACCAGUUCCAUUCCCACAAAGGUUGGCCCGUGCAAAAUUAGAGAAGAAAUAUGGGAAGUUCCUUGAUAUACUGAAGAAGCUGCACAUAAACAUACCAUUCUUGGAGGCUAUCUCUGAGAUGCCAUCUUAUGCAAAAUUUCUGAAAGACAUGCUCUCAAACAAGCGGAAGAUCGAUGAAAAUGCAACUGUUUCACUUACAGCAGAAUGUAGUGCUAUUUUGCAGAAUAAGCUUCCCAAGAAGCUAAGAGAUCCGGGUAGCUACUCUAUUCCUGUGAAGCUAGGAGAUAUCGAAAUAAAGAAGGCACUUUGUGAUCUUGGGGCAAGUGUUAGUCUAAUGCCUUUGUCUAUUUGCAAGAAGCUUCAAUUGGGUGAACCAAAACCUACACGUAUUUCCCUACAAUUAGCAGAUAGAACUGUAAAGUAUCCAUUUGGUAUCCUUGAAGAUGUUCCCCUCCGUGUUGGGAAGUUUUUCAUUCCAUGUGACUUUGUAGUAAUGGAAAUGGAGGAAGAUGCGCAGGUCCCUAUCAUUCUUGGGAGACCUUUCCUAGCCACUGCUGGAGCCAUCAUUGACAUGAAGAAUGGAAAGAUUACCUUUGAGGUGGGUAUUGAGAAGAUGGAGUACAAUCUCACAAACUCCAUGGAAGCUCCCUCUAUGCGAGAGACUAUCUAUAGAGUGGAUGCUCUAGAUGAGACGAUAAAGGUAAAAGCUGCUAGUCUACAACUUAAUGAUUCACUGCAAACUGUCCUCAUGGGAAAUGCUGAUGAAGAGGAUUGGGAAACUAGGGAGUACAAAAGGCUCUUAGAGGAACCACAUUCAUCACCUAGUGUUGAGCCUAUCAAGGAGGUGACACAUGAAGAAUCUAAGGGGCGGGCUAUGCUUCCUGAGGUAGAGUUAAAAGCUUAUGAAAAGUCAAGGUUGUACAAAGAACGAAGGAAAAGGUGGCCUAACAAGCAUAUUGUGUGGCGAGGAAUUCAUGAAGGAGAGUUAGUUUUACUAUUCAACUUUCGAUUGAAGCUAUUUCCUGGUAAGUUUCGCUCAAGGAGGUCUGGUCCAUUCAAAAUCCUUCAGGUUUUUUCGUAUGGCUCGGUUGAGAUUUGGAGUGAAGCAACUGGCUCUUUCAAGAUAAAUGGACAACGUCUUAAGCACUACCAAGAAGGUGAACCUAUUGAAGGGAAGGCGGUUUACACCCUUUCUGACCCCUAUUCAGAGUGA